GAGCCGAUUGCAGUAUCAUGUGCAGGAGGAACUCAGGGAGAUAUCCUGAUAUUUAUACACAGACAUACUGAUAUUCUAUAUACAUAUUGCAGGUAGCUAUAGUUUUACAAACACAUUAGAGUACCAGAUUUAUUCUAUCACUGCAGUAAUACAGAUUACCUUUAGUUACCACAUUGCACAUUAUAUACACAGACAUUGCUGCAGCCUAAGGAGGUGAGUGUGACAGUGACCUGCUUUAUUUGCUUUGUAUAAUAAUGUAACAAGUAGUGAUUGUAACAUGGACCCAAGACAAGUUAAAUGGAAGUUAUGUUUGUAUGUAUUUGUGUUACAGUGUAGAUGUGUGAGUCACCUGGAAAGUGUAUCAGUAUACCUGUAGGUGUCUGCGUGUACAAAACUGUUAGUAUAUUAGUGUAUUAGCUGUGAGUGGGCUAUAUAGUUUAGUGUGUCUGAUGCCAGUGAGUGUGACAGUUACAAGCUGCACAUUGUACUUUGAUUAUUCUUUAAUAGAUUAGCUUUAUUGCUAUCUACAGUAUUACUCUUUAUAUACACCAUAUCUAUAGAUAUUCAUGUAGUCAUGCAACCUUAUUUACACAAUCACACACCUUUAUAUAAUAUGUGUAUUUCAGUAAAUCUGUACAUAUAGAACUUCACAUGACCCUGCAGUUAGCUAAGGAAAGUAUUUCUGCUAUAGACUAUAGAGAAAAAUAAUUCCCACCUAGUUUACUACCACCCAAUUCCUGGAUCUUUACAAAUGUUUAAAGAACUCUCCACUUGGAUAUAACCAUAAUGGCACUGUGAUAUAUAUAUGGUGAUCUUGAGCCUUAAGGACAGUCCUGGAGGUGACAAAUGACAUGAAAAUGGUCAUAUAGGAGCAUCACCUUGGUUGUCAGAGGGAAGGAAUAUUGGCGCUGUGUGUUAAAUUUAUACAAUAAACUGACACCCCAGAAGAUUUACCAGUUUUCCCUGCAGCAUUGUGGAUACUCUGGAUACUGUUUUGGGUUAGGGGAAUUGGCACAUCCUCAGUAUGUCUGCUGAAAAGAGGCUUAAAGAUCUAGAGGACAUGGUUCUAAGGGGCCCUCAGGGGCCAGGGACUGGGGCCCUCAGUGUGGAGACUCUCCUAGACGUCCUGAUUUGCCUCUGCCAAGAAUGCAAUGCAGCACCUUUCCGUCGGGACAAGAAUGUGACUGAAUUCCUGGCCUGGGCUGAGCCAUUUACUACGAAAGUCAAACAAAUGAGGUUGAAACGAGAAGACUUUGAGAUUGUAAAAGUUAUCGGCAGAGGAGCAUUCGGAGAGGUAGCUGUUGUUAAACUGAAGGGCAGUGGUAAAGUUUUUGCCAUGAAAAUACUACAUAAGUGGGAGAUGUUAAAACGGGCAGAGACUGCUUGUUUUCGUGAAGAAAGAGAUGUUCUGGUGAAAGGAGAUACCCAGUGGAUUCCCAAUCUGCAUUAUGCGUUUCAUGACGAUAACUACUUGUACUUAGUAAUGGAUUACUAUGUUGGAGGAGAUCUGCUGACCCUGCUUAGUAAGUUUGAAGACCGGUUACCAGAGGAUAUGGCUCGAUUUUAUCUGGCUGAGAUGGUGUUAGCCAUUGAUUCUAUACAUCAGCUGCAUUAUGUGCACAGAGAUAUAAAGCCCGAUAACGUCCUUAUUGAUCUGAACGGGCACAUCCGACUUGCUGAUUUUGGUUCAUGUCUAAAAAUGAGGGCAGAUGGCAUGGUGGAAUCCUCAGUCGCCGUCGGUACCCCUGAUUACAUUUCCCCUGAAAUCCUACAGGCCAUGGAGGAUGGCAAAGGGCGUUAUGGAACGGAAUGUGACUGGUGGUCUCUUGGUGUCUCUAUGUAUGAACUUCUUUUUGGCGAGACGCCUUUCUACGCGGAGUCUCUGGUUGAGACAUAUGGGAAAAUCAUGAACCAUGAGGAACACUUGCAGUUCCCAUCUGAUAUUACAGACGUAUCCGACAGUGCAAAGGACAUGAUACAGCGCCUUAUAUGCAGGCAGGAAAAACGCCUCGGGAGAGGAGGUAUCAGCGAUUUCAAGAAGCAUCCGUUCUUCAAAGGAAUAGAGUGGGAUAACAUUCGGAGGAUGGUUCCGCCUUAUAUCCCUGAGGUAGACAGCCCACUGGACACAUCCAAUUUUGAUGUGGAUGAUGAAUCACUCAAACAUUCGGAAACAUUACCUCCGAGUAAUCACAAUGGCUUCUCAGCACAUCUUUUACCCUUUGUCGGAUUUACGUUUACCUCAGAUUGCGUUCUGUCUGAUAGUGGGUGUCUGAUCAGUUGUAUGCUCAGCAACGGUACGGGAACGUUGGAGAAGAGAAUGCCACAUUUGGGACAAGAACGAGAGAUACAUCAAGAUUCUUUACAAAAAUCUGUUUCCCUGAGUUUAAACUCUGAAAUUCCAGCCAAAGACCAUGAAAUACGGAGCUUAAAAAAAGAGAUGGAAAUUCUACAAAAGAAGCUAUCCGAGAAAGCUACAGAACUAGAAGCCACCUCUGGAAAUCGUUCUCUAGAGAAACAAAUCAAAUCUCUUACACGGGACAAAGAGGAAUAUACAAAGGAGAUAUCUCGAGUGACAGAUCAGCUAAAGGCGCAAGAGGAGGAGCUGCGGAUAACUCUGGAGAAACGGAAAAAAGCAGAGGCGGAGCUAAGAGAUGUGCAGGAGAAGUGUGAGGGGGUGAGCGCCCAGGCUUCCCGACUAUCCCGGCGCCUGAAAGACAAGGAAGAGGAGGUAGAAGCAGCUACUGAGAAAGUCAGAGGCCUGAGGAAGGAGCUGCACAGAGCUGAGUGUGAGAGAAGAGAGGCCGAGUCACAAGUAGAGGAACUGUCUUCAGAGCUAGAGAGACAGAAGAAGCUGCGUGAGAGGAGUGAGGGACAAGCAGCUCAAGCUAUGGAAGAACUUGAGAUACUGAAGUCCCAGCCUAGUAUCAUGUCUCCAUUGAUCAGUGGCUCGUUUCACAGCUCUGAGAUGAGCCAACUGCGGAAUGAGCUGGAGAGAAAGAGUCUGCAACUGGAGGGAGAGCUUGCACGUCUCAGGGAGGAGCUAACCUAUAGGGAGGCGGAGCAUGUCAGCGAGACAAAAUUACUGCGGCGGGAGCUUGGAGAUAGAGAGGCAGAGCUUUUAUCACUUAAACAUGAGAUGGAGUCAAUGCAGGAAAGUGUUGGGAAAAAAAGAAAUGCUAGUGUUCGUGCGCAAGAGGAGGAGCUUGAGGACAUAAGAGAACUGAAUGAGCGAGAGAAAAAUGUGUUGAAGGAGGAGAACAAAAAGCUUAAGGCGCAGAUGGAGAAGAUGCUCUCUGGAUCUGAUAAGUUGGCUGCCUCUAACAAGAAUUUGGAAGAAGAAAUUCACUCUUUGGAGGAAAAAAAGGAGGCUAUCGCCAAUUGGGAGGUUCAGGUCAACGACAUCUUGCAGUGGGUGAACGAUGAAAAGCAGUCUCGGGUCUAUCUCCAGGCUUUGUCAGUUAAGAUGACAGAAGAGUUGGAGAUUCUGAAAAACUCUGGGGCACAGACGCCAUCUGGCAAGGACAGCCAAUGGAAAGCCCGUAGGCUGCAGAAGUUGGAAGCGUCGGCGCGAUUAGAGUUGCAGUCUGCGCUAGAGGCAGAGAUAAGGGCCAAGCAGAGCCUUCAGGAGGAACUUAACAGAUUUAAGUCGGAAAGUCAUGACGCCGAGAGGAAAAUGCAGGAGGCUGAGGAGGAAAAUCGAAAGCUGCGAGCGGAGCUGGAGAAAUGUCACGAGGAAGCAAAAUCAAAAGCGUCAACUGAGACCAAGCCACAGAGAUCUCUGAUUCCUUUUCUCUCGUUCCGUUCUGAGAAAGAUUUGUCCAGUACAGAAAAUUCCGACCAUACACAGAGCAACGUGAUAUUAAGGCGUGGAGAAAGAACAGACUCUGUAAAAUAUAAAGCACACAGGAAGUCGGCAGGCGCUAUAGACACCAUAGAAGAAAAUGCAGAUAGGCCCAAGUUACACUUAUUUAAAGUGAAAACAUUUUCCUCACCAACAAAAUGUUUGCGUUGUACAUCUGUGAUGGUUGGACUGAUCCGCCAAGGAGUCUGUUGUGAAGUUUGUGGAUACAUGUGUCACCUGUCCUGCUCUGAGGGUGCCACUCUAUGUCCGUCCCCUCCUGGUCAAAUUAAAAAGAUGUUUGGCGUGGAUCCAGUGAAAGGCAGUGGCACAGCACUGGAAGGAUACUUAUCGGUCCCUAAACCAGCUGGGGUUAAGAAGGGAUGGCAGCGCGCUUAUGUCACUGUAAGUGAGUUCAGGAUCCUUGUGUAUGAUGCCAGUUCCCAAUGUAACACAACUAUCAUACAAGCCAUUGAUAUGAGGGAUGAGCAUUUCUCUGUCAGUCCGGUUUUUGCCUCUGAUGUCAUCCAUGCUAACCCCAAAGAUAUCCCAUGUAUAUUCCGGGUCACAUUUGCCCAGCUAUGGUCUCCACCAACCACAUCCUCUCAGCUGCUGUUGGCUGAGACUGGAGAAGAAAUGCAGAAGUGGGUGCAAGUCCUGACAGAACUUCAGGUUCUUCUCCGGGAGCAGAGACCAAUGGAUCGUUCCGUCUGUGUUUUAAAGGAAGCGUAUGACAGUGCCUUACCUCUCAUCCGCACAGUCCUUUGUGCCACCAUUAUAGAUCAGGAAAGUAUUGCGCUAGGUACGGAGGAAGGACUUUUCCUUUUGCAUGUGAAUAAAAAUGAGAUCACACAACUGGGUGACUGUAAGCGGGUUCUCUCCAUGCAAUCUGUCGCAGAGGCGCAGCAACUUGUGGUGCUUUGUGGGAAGAGCCACAGUCUUCGUCUGUUCCCCUGGGACCUUCUCCUGCUGCCAGACUCUGCUGGUAUAAAGAUUCCUGAGGCCCGCGGCUGCCAGGCUUUUACCUCUGGUCUGGUGUGUCAGGGCUCCUCUGCUGUGCUGUGUGCAGCCUCCAAACGACAGGUCAUCUGCUUCCAACUGACGAACCGCAAGGGCCUGCCUCGCCGUAUCAAAGAGUUCCAAGCCAUAGGAGUUGUGCAGUCUAUGGACAUUUUGGGAGAGAGACUGUGUGUGGGUUAUCCAUCCGGAUUUUCUUUGUACCCACUGCUCAACGAGGCUGCUCCACUUCACCUGCCACAUCCAGAUGAGCCCAGGCUGUCCUUCUUGACGCAAGCUACACCUGACGCCCUCUGUGCAGCGAAGAUUACGCUCAGCGAGUACCUUCUCUGCUUUUCUUCAUUUGGGGUCUAUGUGGAUGCUCAGGGGAAGAAAUCACGGCCGCAGGAAAUCAUGUGGCCUGCACCUCCAUUGCGUUGUUCGUAUACCUCUCCACACCUCACAGUUUUUAGUGAGAAUGCAGUGGACAUUUUUGAUGUCCGGAAAAGUGAGUGGAUCCAGACUGUCCCCCUCAAGAAGGUUCGACCACUUAAUGCAGAAGGUUCCCUCUGUGUUUAUGGAAGUGAGAAAGUCCGCUUAGUAUAUCUAAGGAACAAGCUGGCAGAUCAUGAUGAAUUUCAUGUUCCAGAGACCUCUGAAAACAGCGGACGACAACUGGUUAAAACAAAAAGCAAGAGACAUUUCUCCUUCCGAAUCUCUGAAGAAGAACGACAACAGCAGAGGAGAGUUAUGUUGAAAAACCCAGAAAUGAGGUCCAAACUGAUCUCUAAUCCAAAGAACUUUAACCAUUUGGUUCAUGUUGGUCCUGGAGAUGGGAAGCAUCAGCUGAAGGACCUACCGGUGGCUCAGGAAGAGAAAAGGAGAAGCAUUGGAGUAGAGGCGGCAGUUCCAGGAAGACCUUUAUCUUUCAGUAGUGACAAUUAUUUAGUAAAGAGAAGUUCUUGCAGCUCACAAUCUGAGGAUUCUCUGUGUUCUCCCACCAGUCUAAUUCCUUCGUCAGAUAUUCUAAAUGAGAUUUCAGGUCAAACCAGCUUUCUCAACCUCUCCAAGACUUCUUCAUAACCACGGAAUAUUGAGUAUUUAAUCUUCCACGCUACCAGCUGCCAUGUUUUGUAAACCCAAUGCAAUCACUGCCACAGGCCACGCCAAAUACAUGGGGAGUCUGGAUUUUCCCCCUAAUUAUGGGAUGUUUGAUUUCAUUGUGACCAACACGGUAUUGCAGGAUGGAGCGACCCUCCUUCAAUUUCAACUGGAAGUUUCCUUCCGACACACAAACUCAGAAUGGACCAACUGCUUGCAUUUACAAGAAGCCAUUUAAGCAUGAAAGUAUUAAGACAGGACAGUAGAUUAUGGACCAGGGUACAUCGUAUAAAGAUGAGCUAUCAUUUGUAGCAAAAUGUAUAUACAUUCUAGAAUUUUAUUCCCAAUUGAAGGCUGAAAAUAUAAAACCUACCAUCCCUCGUCCUUUACCUGUCAUCUAUAUAACAGCUUUAGAACUAUUUCUUUAAAGUCAGAUGUGAUACAAAAAAAAUGAUAGUUGCUAAGCAACCUCAAAAGAUUUUAUGUGCACAAAUCUGUGUAUAAAACAGUCUUUACAAAAUGCAAUAUGUAUAUCUAAAAGUACAAAAAAAAAUGUGCCUGAACUUUUUUAAAAAGGGAAAAAAAAAAAAAGUAUUUUGGACGUUUUGAAUUUUAUUGUAUAUGGAAAUACUGAGAGAGAAAAAAAAAAGAUAAUAUAGUAUGGUUUGAAAAAAUGUUUUAUUCAUCGGCUGUAAAUAUACAGCAGUGUAUGUAAGAUAAAAAUUUAUACAACAUAAAUAUUAUGAAACCUUU